GUAAUAUUCAUAAAUACACAUAUGGAAUUCUCUGGUGGCCUUAUAACUUUUCCUCAUAAGGAAAUAAAUGAGCAAAAAGUAAGUCAACAAACCUUGAAUAAGAUUCGCGAACUGAAAUCGGACUCAAGUGAUCCAGAACAAAGUGUGAAUGUAGUACAUUUCUCACAUACUGCUGAAAUGAACUUUACUUCAAUUUAUAAUCUGUUUUACGACGGUGCAUGGCAAAAACCGGUAAAAGGCAUGUAUUGGAAGCAUAAUGACAACCUGUGGGCAAAUGCAACAAACGACGACAUUAUAAGAUGCUAUGAGUCAGCUGAGAAAGGAUUUAAAACUUGGAGUAUUAAGCCCAUUAAGACUAGAAUACAAAUAUUAUCAAAACUAGAGUCCAUAUUAAAAUUUAAUAACAAACUUGUAUUGGCAGCUAUAGUAGCAAAAUGGUUAAAAAUCUCAUACUUAUUUGAGACUGUGAAGGGAUAUUCUACAGUUAGUCGAAAUGGAAUGAUAGAAGCAAUGCAUGUUCGUAAGCCAGUAGGUGUUAUUAUACUUAGGGAGGAAAAUGAAAAUGUUUUGUUUUUCCGAUUAAUGCAAACUUUAAUUGCUGGCAACUCUGUCAUUGUCAUAUUUGAUGCAAAUUUCUGUAAUUUGACAUCAUAUUGUGAUAUGUUCUCAUCAUGUGGAAUACCUCCAGGAGUUAUAAAUUUGUUGUCACAUGAAGAUAUAAAUAUGCUGGAGUAUAAAUUAUGCUCAGCAAAGUAUACUGAUUAUGCGGAGAAGAUUUUCUUGAAAGGCAACUCAAACGAAACAUAUAUUACAUCAUAUAAAAACCUUACUACAUGCCAGUAUAUUAUGCUCCAUUUUAAAUAAUUUUGAUGUUAGUUUUACAUGUUAGUUUUAUAUGUAUGUACAUGAAGUAUAUCAUCUGGAUAUACUUCAAUAUUGUGAUUUUAAGAGAAAAUUUAUGUCGUUCAAGCAACUGUUGAAGAUAGAACUGAUGGUUAUGGGAUAAUUAUAUUACGCUUUGUAGGUAAGGGCCAUAAAAAUUGUCGCAGAUUAUGUUUUUAUUCGUAUAUUUUUAUUUGUAUAUAUACAAAAUUGUAAAAUUUAGUAGCAAUAUUUUUAUGAAAGUACUUAACCCUUCGCAGAACAAAUGGAGCUUUCAGACUCACUCGAUAUUUCCAUUUCGAAUUUUACGGAGAUUUUACGGACUCAUAAAAAAAACCCAAAUAAGAAUCAAACAUAUAUAACGGUAUAAAUAGAUUCUUAAAGCCUUUGAGAGUAUACCUGAAUUUUUUCAGAUUUUUUAUGGCAUCAUUACAACUUGAAAAUCUUAACUGGCCUAAAAGACCCACUUGUUCGACGAAAGCAGGAGAAUUACACAUAUUCUGCGAACAUGUUAAUACUUUCAGUUACACGACUACUAAUGUUUCUAAAAU